AUGUUGGACGGCAACAACGUCCCAGACCGCGGUGAUCCAGACCGCAAGCGUGCGCUGAAUGUUCUGGCGCAGCGCAGAUACCGCCAGCGCAAACGUGACAGGAUGUUAGCGUUGGAGGGCAAGGUGAGGGCUGCACCUACAUCGUCGGAGGCGCAUGGCCGGACAGAGGUCCCCUCCAGCUUGGAAGAGCGUGCAGAAUCUACACCCGAAGAAAACAUGGAAACUCCUCAAAGCACUUUGCCGGCAAGUCAAGAUAUCACCCUCAACACGCCUUCUCCGCUUGGUUCAGCCAUGGAUGCAGCAACCUCUGCCAUGCCUGUGAGUGGAUGGUGUAGCGCCGCUGUGCCAUGGGCUGGUAAUAUAGACGGCAGCCUGGGGUGCUCAUCCUGGGGUCAAGUUGAUAACGGUCUCGAAGGAAGUGCUUUGAUAACAUUCGACACAUUACUAUCCCCGAACGAUGCAGACCUCGGCCAGGAGCUGCACAGUCUGGAGACUCUGCAGUUCACUUUCCCGGAUGACGCAAUCCUCGACGUGCCACUCCUACAAGUCUUGAAAGUCGGUAUCAGCAUCGCUCAAAUGCUCGGCUGCGAGCACUCGAUGUGGGAUCCCAAUACCCUUCGUGUCUUCGACAUCGGAGAGAUCCCAGGCUUGAUAUUGCCUCCUAACCUGGAGCCAACAGAGGUGCAGAAGCGUAUUCCGCACCACCCGCUGUUCGACAUCCUGCCGUGGCCUUCAAUAAGGUCGAAGUUGAUCUGCAUCUUCGCGCAGCCUCCUGAAGCACGCCCGCCUUCCGCUCGGGAUCCGCUCGCUGUCCUGCAAAUGGCGUACGACAUCGACGAUCCCGUAGAAGGCUUCCGAAUUGCUGGCGCCGACGGCUUCGACGGAGGCAACUGGGAGAUUGGCCAAGCCUUCUUUCGGAAUUGGUGGUGGGCUUUGGAUCGGGCCGUUGUCGAGCACUCAAAUGCGCUGCGCGCAAAGCGGGGCGCGGACAGGUUGCAGUUUGUGUCCAAUUGA